GUGAGACCUGAUAAGAAGGAGACACGGGACAAGCAGAGGUUACACUCGGGUUCAGUAAGUCCUUGGGAUCACUCAUACCACAGCUUCUGAGGAGGACAGGCGUUGCGUCUCAACUAACAGCCAUGGCUCUUGGAUGCUUUUUGUGGAUUUCAGGGAUUUGCUUUUUGCUGUUUGAUGGCAGUGUUGGUUUACCAGCCAUAAAAGGGUAUGGAUAUCCGUACAUAGCUGACUCACGCAACAUGGAAGAUGAAGCGCUUAUGUUUGAUGACUGGCAGGCUUCCAAUGGCCAGCCGAGUGGCGCUGCUUACACAAGCUACAACAAUCCUUCAGCUGCAUGGCAGCCGGUCGCAACUCGACAAACGGUGCCUAGUGCUCCUGCAGUAGAGAGCUUUGUUAAUAGUGAGUCAGGGGACUGGAACCUGAGGAACUCCAACGCGCCACUCAACUUUCCUUUAAGCCACAAGCCGAGUAACCCAGCAAGGCCUCAGCCAGGCCCCAACACUGGCUCCAGUACACAUGGCGGGGGCUCCCAGAAUGUUCCCCAUCUUGUCUAUGAGGAAGUCAUUCAGUAUCCCUCAGAAAAUGCAGCGCAGUCCCCAAGUGAUGGUGGUGUCUCUAAUACUGCAGGAGGGGCCGGUUAUAUGAGCACAGGUUAUUCCUCAGAGCCCUCCUACCAAAAGUACCCAGCUAAUGCAGGACCCCAACAGGUCGCUACAUCUGCUCAAAUGAGUUACCAACCACAAAACCCAGUCGCCAGCCCAGAGAAAGAAGUUUCCGUGAGAGUGAGUGAACCUCUCCUCCCUCCUCCUCCACCACCACCUUCAUCCUACAUUGUCCAGUCCAGAGAUGCCUACCGGAGAUCCAGGUACCUCUUCAACAAAUCCAGAUACUCGCCAGGAUUUGCCCCUCCACUGGCUGUAAGAUCAGUGCCUGCAAGGCGUCAACCAGCUGCCCCUGUGGGUGUGAAGAACCCUAAAGGACCACGCAUACAUGGAUAGUGUCCUCAAAAGAACGAUGUGUGCUCCAGAAAAUAAACUCUUUUUUUAAAAGUUCAA